CUCAUCUUGAUUAACCCGGCUUAUCAAGAACAUCACAUCCGAGAGACCUAAUGUCGCUGAAAACACCAUUGCGCCCACUGGUGCAAAAUCUGCGAUGUGCAAAAUGUUCUCACUCAGUCACAAAUGUACCACAUCGCACAUUUACUGCCUCAACGACCCGACAGCUUGAUACUACAACAUCAGAAGAUGGACCGGCCAAAGCAUUACUCGAUCCAUAUCUGGUUGCAUCACCACGAGCAGAACGACGUUUACUGCGCCAGAGAAGGAUGACCCCCAUUGGCUCGCGACGACGACGUACUGCCAUGAAGUCGACUCCCAGCAUCCCUUUUGAGCAGCUUCCAUACCAGUGUUUCCAAGAGGCUCGUGCAAUCCUGCGAGAAGAUCGCGCGGAAAAGCUCGCCGCCAUCAGUCUUGCUCGUGCGCGCCUCGAACGCACUGCAGAUCAAGUAGCUGUGGAUGCUCGGUCGCAAGGGCGUAAAGACGCUCGCCUCCUCAGUCUCCGCCAUCACUUGGAAGAGUUGAAGAUCAAGGCAGAUAUCAAUGAUCCUCUGGUGAAGAAAAAGUUUGAGGAUGGCCAAGGUGAUAUGUCCAAGCCCAUAUAUCGCCAUUUGGCUGAUAAGAAAUGGCGCAGUUAUGAGCGCAAAGUCGUCGUCCAGCGAAUGGAGCAGAUGGCUAUCGUCCCGGAUAUCCUUGCAGACAUCGACCCCGUUGUCUCAACUAAGCUCGCCUUCCGCUGGCCGUCAAAUCUGCCAGGAGGCAAUUCCCGCAAAGAAAGGGUUAUACCACACGGCGACUUCGUUGAGUCCCGCCUUUCGGAAUAUGCUCCAAAGCUCCAUAUUCAGCCGUACACUCAGGGCGAACAGCUUGUCACCAUUGCGCUGAUCAACCCCGACGUGCCCGACGUUGCAAAAGACGGAUACAACUACCGCUGCCAUUAUCUCGCAUGCAAUGUCACGAUAUCACCGACAAGGACUUCCAUACCGCUAGGCCAACUGCUGCCAGAUUCUCAGGUGCUACAUGAUUGGCUACCAGCGUAUGCGCAGAAGGGAGCGCCAUACCAGCGCAUGGCUAUCAUCGUGUUAGCUCAACCGCCGGUUCAAAGCCCGCCUGCUGGAAGUAAUCAAGCCCCAGAGUCCAAGACCAUUGAUAUUGCACAACUCAAGGAAGCGAAGGGAAAGUUUGCGCGACGGGAGGGCUUCACGCUUAGGGGCUUCGUUGACAGGUUCCAAUUAAAGCCCAUUGGCGUGCAUUUGUUCCGAACUCAGUGGGACGACGGAACUGCUGGCGUCAUGCAGCGAGCUGGUAUUCCCGGAUGGGACGUUGAAUUUAAGAGGAAACGCAUCGAUCCAUUACCUUACAAGCGAUUGAAGGAGGAGCGUUAUCGCUAGACCCAGUUCGCAUUUGUAACCUCAGGCGGCGUUGUACUUUAUUCUUUAAAUGUAGCCAAUAUUACUUGUACAAGACCCCGACCUCUUUCAGUCCGCUUUCAUCCCGCGCGGAGACUUCACAAUUCAGCGACCUGAUCUACCUUUGCCCGGCAAGACGUCGUCGGCAUUCGUCCAGCCCUAAUAGCGCCAUUACCUGACCAAUGUUGGGUCCUGCUUGGCCGUAUGCGAGCUUUUCGCGAAGGAAGUGUAAUAAUCCCAUUUUCCAGCGCUUGUGUUCCUCCACAACUUGCUGCG